CAGCAACGCAAAUGGCGCGAAAAUCUUGCAAUGUUCCGUCACUUUCUCUCACUUUCUCGAUCAUUUCCCUGCUUCUCCACUCUACCCCUUUCGCCGUCGGCCAUGACUACCACGACGCCCUGAGAAAAAGCAUUCUCUUCUUCGAAGGCCAACGUUCCGGCAAACUCCCACCGGACCAACGUGUAAGAUGGCGCAGAGACUCUGCAUUGCACGACGGAGCCACUGCCGGAGUGGACUUAACCGGAGGCUACUACGACGCCGGAGACAACAUAAAAUUUGGUUUUCCAAUGGCUUUCACGGCCACAUUGCUCUCAUGGAGCAUUAUAGACUUUGGUAGGAACAUGGGCUCUGAGCUAGGGAACGCCCUGAGAGCGGUGAAGUGGGCGACGGACUAUCUACUGAAGGCUACGGCAGUAGACGGCGUGGUUUUCGUUCAGGUGGGUGAUCCUUAUUCGGACCAUAACUGUUGGGAGAGACCAGAGGACAUGGAUACUCUGAGGACGGCCUACAAGAUUGAUCGCGAUCGGCCGGGAUCAGACGUCGCCGGCGAGACCGCCGCUGCUUUGGCCGCCGCGUCCAUUGUGUUUAGGUCACGUGACCCUGCUUACUCAAGCCUUCUCCUCGAUCGUGCCGUUAAAGUCUUCGAGUUUGCUGACAACCACCGGGGUGCAUACAGCAGUAGCCUGCACUCUGCCGUUUGCCCUUUCUACUGUGACGUCAAUGGUUACCAGGAUGAGUUGCUGUGGGGAGCUGCAUGGUUGCAUAAGGCAACGAGAAGGCGCGAAUACAGAGAAUAUAUAGUGAGAAACGAGGUGGUUUUGAGAGCAGGGGACACUAUUAAUGAAUUUGGUUGGGAUAACAAGCAUGCUGGGAUUAAUAUACUCAUUUCCAAGGAAGUGUUGAUGGGAAAAGCAGAUGAUCUAAAAUCCUUUCAGAUCAAUGCAGAUGGUUUCAUCUGCUCUUUGUUGCCUGGAAUUUCUCAUCCUCAAGUUCAAUAUUCUCCGGGUGGAUUGAUCUUCAAGGCUGGAGGAAGUAACAUGCAGCAUGUAACAUCCCUAUCUUUUCUGCUUCUGGCAUACUCUAAUUAUCUAAGCCAUGCCAAUCAUGCCGUGCCUUGUGGCGAGACCUCGGCCUCCCCUGCUCUCCUCAAACGAUUGGCCAAGCAUCAGGUGGACUACAUUCUUGGGGAUAAUCCACUUAAAAUGUCGUACAUGGUGGGGUAUGGUGAUCGUUAUCCGCGGAGGAUUCACCACAGGGCCAGUUCUCUUCCCUCCGUGGUGGCCCACCCGGCCCACAUAGGCUGUAAAGCAGGCUCUCGUUACUAUCUAAGUCCAAAUCCAAACCCCAAUCUGUUGGUUGGAGCUGUUGUUGGUGGGCCCAACAGUACUGAUGCCUUCCCUGACUCAAGGCCCUUCUUUCAGGAGUCAGAGCCCACAACAUAUAUAAAUGCACCGUUGGUGGGCCUUCUGGCAUACUUUUCAGCCCACCCUUGAUUUCAUUGCAGAAUGUAAAAGAGAGAAUGUAGUGGUGGGCAAAGGUCACCCUAUCUAUCAUUGUACUAGAUUCCAAUUGUUCCUAUCCAUUGAAUGAAAGAAAAGUAGUAUGUCAAUGUUUCCAAC